UAAAUUUGACAUGAGACAAGUUUUGGUUGCGUUCGAAGAAAGAAGCAAACAGAAUCGUUUUUCGGGUUUAUUUGAACUAUUUACGAACUCUUAAAUAACCGAAAAUAAAGGAAAUAAUCUAUCUGUCAACAGGAAAAUUUUAAUUCAUCAUGGAAUUAAUAUAUUCCAUGAGGCGAAAGCCGCUAAAAUGUGAACCACCUCACUUCGAAAGUCCCACAAGCCCAGAAGUGGUUCGCCCUAUUUGCACGAUAUCUUCGUGUAAUAUCAUCGCGUUUUCGUCCCCAACGGAGUUGUCUGACGUGGAUGGAGACACCUGGGGCGGCCAUGUGUACGUGUGUGACCUGGACACGCCGUGGGACAGCCACAAAGUCACUAGUACUGCACAUCCUAUUUCCGCCCUGGAGUGGGACAAUGAAGGCAAGCACCUCCUCGUGGGGACAACCUCGGGCGAGGUGUCAGUGUUCGGGCAGAAGGACUACCUUCUGAAUGAGUGGACCUGCCUCUAUAGUGCCAGCUUUCCAGGCGAGCACAUCGUGAAGGCAGCGUUCUUCCACAACGGGCGGCGCGUGGUGGCUUGCGAGAAGAAGCCAGACGCGCCUAUCGCGGACAGAUUCCAAGUGCUUCGGUCAACUCCCACGCUUAAGGGAUUCGGAGGAGUGGCGUGCGAAGGCGCCGCCAUAAUAACAGCUACGGGCCUGGUGUGCGCGCUCACGCCGCCCGCAGACGGCUCGCGCGCGCUCGUGGCCGCCGAGUCGCUGCGGGCCGCGCGCGAGCACAUCGCGGCGGCCAGUGUCGCGCACAAGAACGGGAACCUCCUCAUAGCAGCGGUGUGCCGCUCGGCCGGCGCGUGGUGCGUGCGCGUCAGCGUGUGCUGCGCCGCGCCCCCCGCGCGCCCCGCGCCCGCCCCGGCGCCCCCCCGUCUUCAGUUACAACCUCUGCCUGCCCUGUGUCUACCUGAGUCGUCUACACCACCCGUGUCCAUAACCUGGUGCCUGCGUGAGGACACAGACUCGCUCCUUGUGGCGGGCUCCAACCUUACUCUUUGGAAACUGACCGAGAGAUCGCAUCCAGUCCACAAACUAUUCUCUAAAGGUGCCUUACAAGGCAGCACUACUCCUGGUGGCGGCCCGAAACCAUCCACAGACUGUUUCAAUACGGUGGUAUGGCAACAAACAGCAAUAUGGCCUAUCGAGGGCGGCUCAACCGCGGUGCAGGCGGCGAGCUCCCGGCUGGCGCUGGCGCCGCCACACGCUGUGCUCGCCACGCCCGACGCACUGCAUCUGCUGCAUAGGGACACGCACCACUACAUUUGCUCGCGCAACGUGAUCUCCCGCACGGGCGCCGUUGAAGUACCAGCGGGCGCGGGGACUCCGCCCAAGAAGCCCAAAUAUGGCCCCGGGGCGGUGCCGAGCGGUUCCCCGUGCGCCCAGCUCUCGUGGGUAGAGAUAUCGCAGCUGGGCGGUGUGUGCGUGUGUAUCGACACGCACGCUUGUUUACACGUGCUCCGCCUGCCGCUGUGGCCCGAUAUCCAGCGGUUCCCCGUGCGCCCAGGCCUGCACGUGCUGCGCCUGCCGCUGUGGCCCGAUAUACCGGUUCGCGCCCAGCUCUCGUGGGUGGAGAUAACGCAGCUGGGCGGUGUGUGCGUGUGUAUCGACACGCACGCUUGUUUACACGUGCUCCGUCUGCCGCUGUGGCCCGAUAUACAGCGGUUCCCCGUGCGCCCAGGCCUGCACGUGCUCCGUCUGCCGCUGUGGCCCGAUAUCC